AUGUCUCCAUCCGACAAAUUCAAAAAGGCAAUGGGAGAGGAUUGGGUAAAGGAAGCUGGCCACAGAAUUGAUUACAAGAUCACAGGAGACAAAACAGGGAAGAAAGAGAUAAUUGUGGCAGCACAAGCAAUGUUCAAAAUCAGGCAAAAACUGCUAGCCAAAGUCAAGCAGAUUGGCAUCCAAGAAAUGGAAGACGAUGAAACAUUUACAGAAUAUGGAAGGAACUGGAUUCCGAGUGCAGAUGUGAUUCAUGACAAGGCAGUAAAGCAAUUGAGCCACACACUGCAUAUGGGAGUGUGGAUAUCUAAAAUAGACUGGGAACACCUGAGGAUGGAUGACUAA